UGUAACACGUUACGCACCCCAAUACGCGCGGAUAAACCCAAGAACGACUAGGACACGAAACCAUGGCGACGCAAGCCGGGGCGAAAGAGAUCAAGGCGGUGGCCGUGAUCGGCGCGGGGCAGAUGGGCUCGGGCAUCGCCCAGCUCGCCGCCGCCGCCGGCUGCGGCGUCCUCCUCCUGGAUUCUGACCCCGCCGCCCUCUCCCGCGCCGUCGCCUCCAUCUCGUCCUCCCUCCGCCGCCUCGCCACCAAGGGCCAGCUUUCUCAGUCCGCCUGUGAGCAUUCCAUCGAGCGGAUUAAGUGCGUCUCCAGUGUGCAAGAGCUUAGGAAUGUGGAUCUUGUGAUUGAAGCCAUCGUGGAAUCAGAAGACAUAAAGAAGAAGCUGUUUGUUGAGCUGGAUAAGAUCACAAAACCUUCUGCUAUUCUUGCCUCCAACACUAGCUCGAUCUCUGUAACCCGACUGGCUUCAGCCACAAAUCGCCCCUGUCAGGUGAUAGGUGUGCACUUCUUUAACCCUCCUCCGAUAAUGAAAUUGAUUGAAAUUAUACGAGGGUCUGACACAUCAGAAGAGGUUUUUGCUACAGUCAAAUCUUUUUCUGAAAGACUUGGGAAGACUGUAAUAUGUUCACAGGAUUACCCUGGUUUCAUUGUGAACCGCAUCCUCAUGCCAAUGAUCAAUGAGGCAUUCUGGGCACUUUACACUGGAGUAGCGACUAAAGAGGAUAUCGAUACCGGGAUGAAGCUAGGGACGAAUCAUCCAAUGGGACCUUUGCAACUUGCUGAUUUCAUUGGUUUAGAUGUAUGCCUUUCAGUACUUCGGGUACUUCAUAAUGGCCUAGGAGACAGCAAAUACAGCCCUUGCCCUCUUCUUGUUCAAUAUGUUGAUGCUGGUCGACUUGGAAAGAAGCGUGGACAAGGCGUAUACUCGUAUGGUAAAAGGUCUUCAUCAAUUAAACCAAGGUCAUCUCUUUGAAAAUCGAUGCGCCUGCUGGGCAAAGAAGAAGACGCUUUUCAUGGACUUUGCAUACCAGUGUGAAAUAAACGCCUCAAAUUACGCCUUUGCAACCACAGACUUCUGCAGGGUUUUGGCUAUGUAAACGAAGUACUCAGAAAAAUGUCAGGAGAGUGAUGUAUGCUAAUAUGGUAAACAUUCCUAGUGGAGAUGUGGAAUGUAUAGAUACUGAGCAGAUCAUGCCUUGGCACUUUUGUAA